AUGCUAACGAAAACGACCCAAGUAUACGCCCACCACGGCAUGCCGCUCGAGUGCGACAUCUACACGGACGACGACUCGUCCUCUUCCUCCCCCAGCGACGCCCCCGUCUUCCUGUACUUUCACCCCGGAGGGCUCGUAAAUUGGGGCCGCGACUGCAUCCCGCCGUGGCUCGUCCAAACAUGCUUCAAGCGGAAGUGGCCCCUCAUUAGCUUCAGCUACCGCCUCCUCCCACAGACGGGCGCAAAAGGUCUCCUCGAGGACGCGACGGCCGCGUACGCUUUCGCGCGGAGGUACGAGGCUGCAGAGGGACAGAGCAGGCGUGUGAUCGUCGGCGGCGGCAGCGGAGGCGUCUUCCCAGCGACACUCGUCGUCAACAACUGCUCCCCCCCGCCCAUCGCCUUCUUCUCCAUCCAGGGCAUCAACACCUUCCGCCACCCGCACUUCACCUCCUCCACGCUGCUCACCCCCGCGCCCAUCCGUGACGAGGACAUGGCUCCGGCCAUCGCCGGCCCCAUCGCCGUCGGCGUCACCAUGCCCGGCGCGGAAAACGCCUUCCGCGUGGCCAUGCUCCAACCGGCCGACGCAUCCCGCAACCCGGACUACGAGGCGGAGCCCGUGCCCUCACCGCCGCCGAAGAAUCCGCGCAGUGGACUGUAUGAGUACUAUACGCAUCGCAACGCGUGGGGUGGCAUGGUGGGCGAUGUGGACAACGGGUAUGAGUGGGCGAGGGAGCGGACGGAUGAGGCGCGGGAGAGGGUCGCGCGGUGGCCGCCGACGGUCAUCUUUCAUGGUGAUGCGGACGUGGCGGUGCCGAUUGCCGUGAGUGAGCAGAUGAGGGACUGUCUCGGGGAGGACAAGGUGUCGCUGUUUGUGGCGCCGGGGCAGGACCAUCUGUACGACCUGACGAGGUUCAUCGAGGACCCGGCGCCGGAGAUGGACGCCGUGCGACAAGCCCUGAAGCGUCUCGACGAGAUAGUUGGCCAACACAACGUAGCUUCAGCAUGA